GAGAGAGAGAGAGAGAGCGCACAGGAGCAGGACGCUUGCCGGUGUCGAGGCUUCGAGAGGCGAAUGGAUGAAGCGGAAUCUCCGGGACUUUCUCCACUUCCGGCUCAUCCAUGAACACAACACUAACAUAUCAUUAACACACUUCCGGUGAUGUGGAGCGCGCUUGGCUGAUGCUGUGAUCCUCCGAGCUGUUUUUUUUUUGGUGUUUAUUUCUCUGAGGCUUUGUGUGUGUGUGCAUGCGUGUGUGUGAGUGUGUGCGUAUGUGUGAGUGUGUGUGAGUGUGUGUGUAACGAGCAGCUUACUGUGGACAGGACAGGACUCAAAGAGUAAAUAACAAAUAAAGAAGAAGAAGAUACUAAUCAUGGAUAAUGAAAAGUAUUUGCCGGAGCUGAUGGCUGAGAAGGAUUCCCUGGACCCGUCUUUCCAACACUCCUCCCGACUUCUAGAGCAAGAAAUUGAAAAGAUUCAGAAAGGCGAAGAGAAAGAGGACGAGAAGUUCAUCGACGUCGUAAUAAACAAGAACAUGAAACUGGGUCAGAAAGUUCUGAUUCCUGUCAAACAGUUUCCCAAAUUCAAUUUUGUGGGAAAGCUUCUCGGCCCACGAGGGAACUCGCUAAAGAGACUACAGGAGGACACACUCACAAAGAUGUCCAUCCUUGGCAAGGGCUCGAUGAGAGACAAAGAGAAGGAGGAGGAGUUACGGAAGAGCGGCGAGGCCAAAUAUCAUCACCUAAACGAAGACCUGCAUGUCCUCAUUGAGGUGUUUGCUCCCCCUGCUGAGGCCUAUGCCCGCAUGGGCCAUGCCCUCGAGGAGAUCAAAAAGUUCCUCAUUCCGGAUUAUAAUGAUGAGAUCAGACAAGCUCAGCUGCAGGAGUUGACGUUUUUGAACGGCGGCUCCGAGGAUGCCAAGGUACCCGCGGUGAGAGGAAAAUCUAACUCAAGGGCUCGUGGCACACCUGCACCUGGCUCACACAGGACUAGAGGAGGUGUUCCUCCUCCCCAGGCUGCUGUUCCUCGAGGAGCGGCACCCAGAGGAGCUCCGGCGAGCCGCCUUCCGUCCAAUAGAGGAAGAGCACAGAGAGGACGUGGAGCUCCACCACCUGUAGGAUACAGACCCCCGCCACCCGUAGUGCAGGACUCAUACGGCGAAUACGAAUACGACGACGGAUAUGGAACAGCCUACGAUGACCAGGGGUACGACUCGUACGACAACUCUUACAGUAACCAAGCACAGAACUCAGAGGAGUAUUAUGAAUACGGACAUGGUCUAAGCGGGGAAUCCUAUGACUCUUACGGUCAGGAAAAGUGGACAAAUGGGCGCAACAAGGCUCCGUCAGCGAGGACAAACAAAGGAGUAUACAGAGACCCGCCUUAUACACGAUACUGAACUCUAAAGUCCUUCACGGCCACUCGUACAAUUCCAAGUAAUGGAUUUUAUAUGGACUUUCCCCUCAUUCCCUUUCAUUUCUUUUCAAAAUAAAAUCAACCAAAACUACAAAAAAAAAAAAAAAGCAUCCCAGAGAGAGGAAAGGGGGAAGACUGGAGACGAGAUGAGUUCUUGGGGACUUUAUUUUGACUCUGACAGAUCGCAUGGGUGCAACAUAAUGAAACCUGUGAUCACUGAUUUUGUUUAAACUUGUCAACCAAUCAGAAUCCUUCUAUGCCAGUAUUGAAAAGUCCAGGGGGUGGGGGUGCUAGUCGGUAGACGGUGGUGUAAACUUCAGGUGUUAGCUCUUUAGAUUUAGUCAGGUACAUUUCUAUCUACACUUCUUUUUUUUUGAUGAGUGAUCAGUGUGUCCCUUGUAAAAUUCUACUUAAAGAAACAUAAAAUGGUCGACACACAUGUUGUGUUACUUCUACUUUUCCUUUUUUUUUUUUUUUUUUUUUUUUUUUUUUGUAAUGCGAUGUUCCGUAGCAUUAAAGGGCUUAUGGGAGCAUUUAAGCAUUGUACAUAAUCGUUUUAUCGAAUUUUUUUGUUGAUGUUAAAUAACCCCUCGAUUUUGGUCUGGAGUUGUAAACCAUCUGCAAAUUCACACACACACACACACACUUUAUUGGCAAAAAACAUGAACAUGAGCUUAACUGUAAAAAUUAUUUUGCCCAAACUGCAUAGCAAUAAGAAAAGAAGGGAAACAGAUCAAUAAUGUAAUAUAUGCAAUUAAAGUCUGACUAGAGAAAUCCGAGCCACUGCAAGUUCUCCAAGCUCUUAUAUCGAUAAAGAUAUAUGAGGUCAGUCUAAACUCAGACCAUAGCAUAGCUUUCCGUUCUUUUAGUUUCUGCAUCAUACAGCGUGAUCUGCCACGGAAUAGCAGAGGAGCUCAUUUCGGUAAAUACAAAUGUAAUAAAAGUAUAACGGUCUUAAACUUACACCAAACCCAAUUUACUAACCUAAAUGUGUUCAAUUUAGAUCUUCAUAUGCAAAACGGAAUAUAUUAGUAUGAAAUAAUGGAGGACAUUAUGACAUUAUGACAUUAUUCAAAUUAUUUGGCAACCAUUUAAACACAUUUAAAAAUAAGACAUUGAGGUUUUUUUUUUUUUGGUGGAAUCCACAUUGCUUGCUGAAGUAUUCCAGCCCUAGGAAGAUUGUCAAAACCCUUAUCCAGAGAUCAUUUAUACAACUGAGGACUUGUUUUAGCAGUGGUGCAGAGAUUUGAACUUUCUGAUCAGACGACCAAACAUCUUACCCACUGAGCUAUGGUACUAUUCCCUUUUAACAUUUAUGCCCCCGUCAAAGUUCUCCUAACAAAAGCGGAAUAUUCAAGCUAGAUUAGAUUUUUUUGUAUAGCUCCUUGUGCAUUCUCUUUGGCAUUUGGUGUUGCUUCCAGUAACUGGUGCCACGUGUGUUACCACGUCUCCGAUUUCAUCGCAAGUAAGAACAAAGAGCAAAUGCUUCAGAAGAACCUCACUGGAAGCGAUCAGAAACGAGCUCAACCCGCUAAAACGUUGAAACCAUUUAACAUCUCGUGGGUGAUGCUCUCCGAAGAACGAGCCACAUGAUCUCAUUUGGGCACCCAACUACUCGCCAGAUUUGGCGCCAGUGGACUUGAUGAAGACCCAGCUCAUAGCUCACCGUUUUGACAACGUUGCGGAGAUCCGGCACGAAUCAAGACACCUUCUGCCGAAUUGCUGUAGUGAUAGUGUGUAAACAUAGAUGAAUGAUGUGCUUUCUUGUAAACAGAGUCUCUCUAGUCUCGAAACCUUUUGAUACCAACUCCUAUGAUCCAAAGAACAAGUGGAAUCAUUGCUUAACAAGGCAUCAUCGAGUUACACAUCGAGUUUCCCCAUUGGCUUUUUCCAUCCAGUUGCGUUUGGGAAGCACUUGAUUUGUCUUGUGUUAAUGCAAUCUUCCUUUCUUGUCAAUUCAAUUCUCCUGCUGUUGUUGCCGGUGGUGGUUUUAGUGCUAUCUUCAUUUUCUUGGUGAAGACGAAAUAGGUGUUUGGCGUUUGGAACACCGUCUGAGUUGUAUGCUUCCUAGAUAAUGCUGUUAGGAUUGAAAAUUGCUCCUGUUACACAGUAAUUCCCUGAUCAAGUAUUAAACCCUUUUGCAUCCCAUUAUCCACCUGAACUUGAUAAAGAUGUGCAUGUUUUUGAAAUGUUCUACAUAAUGCAGUCAUGGUUUAGCAUUUAGAGUUCUGGACUACUGAUCUAACCGAGUCAAAUUCCAGGCAAAGCUACCGCUAUCUUUGCAUUACGUAUGACUUCUAACCUUUGCUCAGUUGCUUCGGAUAAAAGCAAAUGCAUGUAAAUUUAAGCAGAGCUCAGCAGGUCCACAUUCCUGGGGCUAUCUUCCUGAUCACCGUCUUCCCUGCAGACCCAUCAUGACACUUCUAAAAUAUUUCAGACUUUGAUUGCCUCUGGGAGCCUGGGUUUAGCCUCAGGGUAAAGAAAUGGCAUUCCCUUGAACCUCAAAUUUGGCACACUGUGUAAACAUUGAGUGCAUGAGAAGCCUGAAGUGGUAGACACUGUGUAGACUACUGAUUUUUGUUUUUAAACCAGAACAAAAGUUUCGAUGGAUUUAGCAAUUUAUAGCCAAGAAAAGAGACAUAGAACAUGGACCUUGGACCAGCUCACUUGAACUCAGUCAUAAUGUUAUGGUAAAAUAAACAAAAAUGCCCACAGAGACCCAGAACUUGUAGAAAACCUUCCCAGAUGGAAGAAUGGAGCUUAAUAGAACAGCAAGGAAGUACCUUUGUUAUUUCGGAUGUUCUUGAAACACAUACGGACGUGAUGUUCAGGUGUCUACAAACCACAAACCUUGUGAAUUUCUUGUGAGGGAUCAGUGAUGAUAUUCUUGGUGCAAACACACAACGCAGCCACAUGAAUGCUAAUUAAUUAUGUAGACUUAGCUUGGCUUGUUAGCGAUCUUCAAGGUGAUUUGUUGACAUGAGAGCGUGAAUGUUAAGAUUUUGGAAGCUGAUCUGUUGGAGAAGGUAGAGAUGAGAUGAUAGACAGGAUAAAGGACUAAAGCACUGCUGCAUCAAUCCAUUUAGGAAGACAUGAAGACGAGGGUUAGAUUUCAGUGCAACACUGUACAACUUCAUCAUAACAAUGAAUUAAUAUGCAGGUCAUCAAAGGUGGAUUCCUUCUUUACUUUUGCAUACAUUUAAUGAUCAUUGCGGAAAAUAUUAUUGAAUUAAAAUGACCGAUUGAUAUCAAUACCCAUGGGGAUAAAUACUUUUGCAAGCAUGUUAACUGAAUAAACGUAAUAAAUGAGCUCCAGUAGUAGGUUCAGGACGGAUUUCCUUUUUCAGAAAUAAAAAAAAAAUCAGUGUAAAAUAUAAAUGUUGUUUGUGUGUCCCUUGUACCUUUUAAAGUUUAAAGUGACUGAAAUGAUGUUUAAUCCACAGCUGGAUUUCUUUUUUUUCUGUUAUGUAUGAAAACCGGAAGCUUGUGUAAGCCCUUUAAUCUAUUUCUUGGUUGAUCAUAAAAUGAAAUGCCUUUUCUUUUCUUUUCUUUUCUUUUUUUUCUUUUUUGAAAGAAAUCAUAACCGUGUCUGAGAGAACGUUUUCUUACUAAAGUUUAAAAUCAGUGAUGAUAAAACUUAUAUACAAUAAAAAUGUCAUAAAUAA